AUGCGCUCGGUCCUUUUUUUUUUGAUUGGGGUGCUGUUUGCCGUUGCUUGGGUCUUUCUCGUGCACUACGAGAUUUCUUCAGAUCUUGAAUCGAGAAAUAUUAACCCCGAUGUUCUUCUGUUUUUUAAAAGGAAAAUCCAAUGGGCCGCAAACAGCAGCGCCCAGAAUAUUUAUGCAGAGAAUUCGCAAAAGCAUGGAAAGGCAGAAAAUUUUGUAAAAGACGAUCCACUUCGCACAGGUAUUUGGUCCUCGUUGUGGGGGGAUCGGAUUUUUGGCUUUUGGCGCUUUUUUAAAGAAAGUCUUUUUGUUAACCAAUUUUUGUCAAAAACGGUCGCCGAAAAUCUUGAUGAGGAAGACGAAAAUUACGAUAUCUCAAAGUUUGAUUCUUUUAAGGAUGAGGAGCUUAAUGGUCCUCUUGGAAAAACCAUAGGCAAAGCCCGUUUUUAUCGCAGCAAAAAGCCCAAAGCACAAAAAAAAAGGAAAAGAAAAAAAUCGAUGCGCGAUGACGAUGAAUGGUCUUCUGAUGCGCACGAAAUUUGCGAGGCUUGUAACUGGGUCCCAUCAAAAAAAGACACACCGCAAUCUUUUUCUGAGGAUCGAAGAAGCGACAAAAGUAGACUACGAAUAGUGGAGUUCAAUGCUGAAUGGCUCUACCUGAAUGGUGGGAAGGGCUCAUUAAAAUGCCCAGGGUUUCAAUGUCCAUGGAAGGCAAGUCUUCACACUAAGCAAUAG